AUGUUAUACAGGUUCGGCGUCAUUCUCACUCCGGAGUGCCCGGACGUAGAGGUGUUUGUGUUAGGGUCCCGUCCGGAGAUGGGUCACUGGGACCCAAACAAUGCGGUUCUGAUGAAACGAACGCAGGUGGUUUUGUCCAUGCGCGAGCCUUGCCUCUGGAUCGCCGAAGUGCACCUGGCAGAACCAUGCCAAGAGAGCCUGUGGUUGAAGUUCAUCAAACGAGUGGGGGGCAAUUUCAUCUGGGAAGGUAUUAUGAAAUAAAUACAUAGUUUAAAUUUAGUCAGUUAUUGGGUUUAUAGCCAACACACCUGCUUGUUAUAGUCUAAUUACUUAGGCAACUGUAGGCCAGGCUCAAUGCUGAACUAUUUCCAUCUGUUUCCAUGCCAUUUACCUAGACCUAGGUAAAAUGUGUGUUAUAUUGGAUAUGCCCUGGAAUUCGGUUUUCUCUCGUCAAUAGCUAUUGAACAAAGCUAGAGGGCUGCAUUCCUGCAGGAUGCCCGCGGACCUGCGGGUCUUGACAGAGAUCAUUGCAACUCAGUCGGCUGUGGGUGGUAAGUGAGGAUUUUGGGAUGAAAAUAUUUUUGUUGUCCCACAGAUUAUUUGGAAACUGUUGACUUUCUGCUUUGUAGGCGUUAGCCUAAACCUACCUAUUGUAUUAAAAGUACAUAUUUUUUGCAUUAUUCACACACACAGAAUUCGCUGCUUCAACUUCAGCAGCCUCUCCUAGUUGGGGGUGCGAGUUCAAGUCUGCCUAGUAGGCCUAUGUGUGGUCUCAUUGAAAUAGAGUAGGCUGCCUACAUGAGCGGGGAAUCACGUGGCAAUUAACGUAAAUAUGAUUAGACUGUAGUUUACUACAGUGUCUUUAAAUAAAUAUUGAUCAUGGAAAGAAGUGGCGGGCGCUCAACCAAUGUGAGUUGAAGUGCAAUCAAAAUGUUUUAUCACUGAAAAGGAAAAGGCACAAUGCGCACAUAGGUUAGGCUACUAUGGUGAGCGGGCGUUGCGCCUUUUCAUUUUCAAUAAGUAUUGAUUACUUAUUUAUUUGUCUCUGCCUGCAAAUUGUCCUGCUAAAAGGUAGGCUAUAUCCGAUAUGCAAAACGUAGCAAGAGUCACUAUCAUCAUUCUUGCUGAUUCAUGUUAGUAGCCAUACCUGCGAGAUCAGGUGCGCAUGUGAUCUCAAUUAAAUAGAGCAGGCUAUAGCCUAUACAUGGGUGGAGAUGAAAAUGUACUUCCUAAAUAUGAUUAGGCUAUAGUUUACUACAUUGCCUAUAAAUAAAUAUUGAUCACCCAUAUUUCUCCGUCUGAAAAUAUAAAAAUAGCUUGAGAAAGUGCAAGUCUCUCCAACUCUGCUCUCUUUAAACUACAUCUAGCAUAUUGGCUGAUAUAGCCCAGUAAUACAGAUAUUAUUAUUAUUAUUAUUAUUAUUUUAUAUAUUUUUUUACCUUUAUUUAACUAGGCAAGUCAGUUAAGAACAAAUUCUUAUUUACAAUAACGGCCUACACCGGCCAAACCCGGACGACGCUGGGCCAAUUGUGCGCUGCCCUAUGGACUCCCAAUCACGGCUGUUUGUGAUACAGCCUGGAAUCGAACCAGGGGGUGCAUUCGGAGAGUAUUCAGACCCCUUGACUUUUUCCACAUUUUGUUACGUUGCAGCCUUAUUCUAAAAUCGAUUAAAUUGUUUUUUUCCCCCCUCAAUCUUCACACAAUACCCCAUAAUGGCAAAGCAAAAACUGGUUUUUAGACAUUUUUGCAAAUGUAUCAAAAACUGAAAUAUCACAUUUACACAAGUAUUCAGACCCAUUACUCAGUACUUUGUUGAAGCACCUUUGGCAGCAAUUACAGCCUCAAGUCUUCUUGGGUAUGACGCUACAAGCUUGGCACACCUGUAUUUGGGGAGAUUCUCCCAUUCUUCGCUGCAGAUCCUCUCAAGCUCUGUCAGGUUGGAUGGGGAGCGUCGCUGCACAGCUAUUUUCAGGUCUCUCCAGAGAUGUUAGAUCGGGUUUUGGCUGGGCCACUCAAGGACAUUCAGAGACUUGUCCUGAAGCCACUCCUGUGUUGUCUUGGCUGUGUGCUUAGGGUCGUUGUCCUGUUGGAAGGUGAACCUUCGCCCCAAUCUGAGGUCCUGAGUGCUCUGGAGCAGGUUUUCAUCAAGGAUCUCUCUGUACUUUGCUCCGUUCAUCUUGUUUCUCAUGGUCUGAGAGUCCUUUAGGUGCCUUUUGGCAAACUCCAAGCGGGCUGUCAUGUGCCUUUUACUGAGGAGUGGCUUCCAUCUGGCCACUCUACCAUAAAGGCCUGAUUGGUGGAGUGCUGCAGAGAUGAUUGUCCUCCUUGAAGGUUCUCCCAUCUCCACAGAGGAACUCUGGAGCUCUGUCAGAGCGACCAUCGGGUUCUUGGUCACCUCCCUGACCAAGUCCCUUCUCCCCCGAGGCCACUGUGUUCUUGUGGACCUUCAAUGCUGCAGACUUUUUUUGGUACCCUUCCCCAGAUCUUUGCCUCGACACAAUCCUGUCUCGGAGCUCUACGGACAAUUCCUUCGACCUCAUGUCAGCGCAGACCUCUAAACCAAGCCUGCAAUGCCUAUGAUGAUGGUAUAUUCUGAAUCGGGUGGCUGGAAAACAAUCCACACAGAAAAAUAUAUAAUAAUAACAAUAAUAAUAAUACGAUUUCGGAUUUCAAUCUUCAAUAGCUCGUACACAAAGCGUGCCAUGACUAUGAAAAUGAUAUAUUCUGUAUCGGGGGUCUCGACGGGAUAGCGUGUCUGCAUUGCCGUGUGCUCUCCCCGAUCGAUGAACCACCUGGAAAUGAAAUGGUUGGAGCAACAGGAACCAUCUUGUUAUUCGGCUGUUUGUGUCUCCCUUACCCGCCAUCCACUGAAGGGGCGCAUGAUCUGUGACCAGCCGAAAUCGCCUCCUUAGGAGAUAGUACCUCAGGUGUUCCAGGGGUCACUUAAUUGCCUGUGCCUCCCUCUCUAUCGUCAUGUACUUCCUCUCCCUGUCGGACAGCUUGCGGCUUAUGUAUAGGAUGGGACGUUCCUCCGCCCUGUCCCCUUGAAACAGGACAGCCCCCAAGCCAGUGCUGGGGUGGACGGUGAAAGGCUGCUGGAAAUCUGGGGCUCUCAACACCGGCUCCGAGCACAGCGUGUCUUUGAGGUGGAAGAACGCCCCCUCGUCUUCAGAUGUCCAUACCAUCCUCACUGGGUUCCUCUUCUUUGUCAUGUUGGUCAGUGGGGUGGCGAUAGCGGCGCAGCUUGGGAUGAACCGCCUGUAAUAACCCGUUAGGCCCAGGAACGAGCGGACCCCCUUCUUGUCCGUGGGCCGCGGCCACUCCCGGAUGGCCCUGGUAUUCUCCAAAUCAAAUUUUAUUGGUCACAUACACGUGUUUAGCAGAUGUUAUUGUGUGUGUAGCGAAAUGCUUGUGCUUCUAGCUCCGACAGUGCACUAAUAUCUAACAAGUAAUAUCUAACAAUUUCACAACGUAUACCCAAUACACACAAAUCUAAGUAAGGAAUGAAUUAAGAAUAUAUACAUAUAUGGACAAGCGAUGUUAGAGUGCAUGGACUAAGAUACAGUAGAGUAGUAUAGAAUACAGUAUAUACAUAUGAGAUGCCUGGGGUUUGAUCAGACCGCUGCCAAUGGUGUAGCCGAGGUAUUCAACCUCGUUCAGUCCCAGGCGGCACUUCUUCAGGUUGGCUGUCAGGCCGGCCGCCUCCAGGCUGGCCAGCAUGGAGCGCAGCUGGCGGAGGUGUUCCUCCCCAGUCCUCGCUGUGUAUUACCAUGUCAUCAAUAUAGGCGGCGGCGAAGGACUAGUGAGGACGUAACAGCAUGUCCAUAAACCUCUGGAAGGUGGCGGCCGCUCCGUGCAAGCCAAAGGGGAGGCGGACGUACUGAAAUAGCCCAUCCGGGGUGGCAAAGGCGGUUUUGUGGCAGUCUUCGGGGGCCAGAGGCACCUGCCAGUACCCCUUGGUGAGGUUGAGGGUCGAUAUAUAGCGGGCUUUCCCAAACCGCUCGAUCAGCUCAUCGACCCUCGGCAUGGGGUAGGCGUCGAAUCUGGAGAUGGCAUUGAUGGCUCUGAAAUCAUUGCAGAAGCGCGAUAGAGCUGGACCAUUCGCUGGUGGACGGCUCGACGACCCCCAUCUUCAACAUCUCCCUCACCUCUUUCCGUGCCAUCUCCCGGCAUGCCUCUGGUACCCUGUAUGGUCAGAGAUGUACCUUAUUCCCUGGCUCCGUGGCUAUGCGAGGACAGAGCAAGGAGGUCUGCCCCGGAAGGGGGGAGAAGACCCGUUGGUUCUGUAGGACAACCUUUUCAAGGUCUUGCGUCUGCUGAGCUGUAAGAGUGAUGCCAAAAGGCACCUUUUCUGGUGGAUGUUCCUCUUCAUCUGCUUUAAGUCCCAUCAGCACUUGUGCCUCUCAUUCCACAUAGGCUUUCAACAGGUUGAUGUGGUAUAUCUGCUGAGGGCGCCGUCGUCCUGGCUGACUCACCCUGUAGUUGACCGAUGAGACUUGCUCUUUCACAUGUGGGCUCUGCCACUGAGCCAGGAGCCUGAGUUCCGGUGUGGGGACGAGGAGGAGUAUCUUAUCUCCUGGGCAGAACUGUCGCGGUUGGGCCGUUCUAUUGUACGCCCGGGCUUGGGUUCCCUGUGCUUUGGCCAUGUGUUCCCACACAACCGGCCAUAUCACUGCCAUUCGGUCCUUCAUGAAUGUGACGUGUUCGAUGAAGGAACGGUACAGGCAGGGUUGGUUCUCCCAGGCCUCCUUGGCCAAGUCAAGGAUGCUGUGACAGGGCCACCCAUAGAGUAGCUCGAAAGGCGAGAAGCCAGUGGACGCCUGGGGGACCUCCCGGAGCGCGAACAUGAGGUGGGGCAACAACAUAUCCCAAUUCUUCCUGUCCCGGUCCACCACCCUGGUUUUAUUCAGCCCAUCCGUCUGGGGGUGAUACACACUGGUCCUUAUUUGUUUGACCCGGUAUAACUGACACAGGUCCUUCAUCAGUCUGGACAUGAACGGCGUGGCCGGGAGUCCCACUUGGGAGAACAUGAGAUACAGUUAUUUUGCUAUGGCUUUCGUUGCCAUCGACCUCAAGGGAAUAGCCUCUGGGAACUUGCAUAGGCCACCACAACCAAGAUGUACUCAUGUCUGUGCGCCGAACGUGGCAGGGGUCCCACCAGGUCCAUGGCUAUGCACUCAAACGGGGUCUCUAUAAUUGGGAGAGGGAUAAGAGGGUUAUGGUAUGUUCACUUGGGAGCAGUGCGUUGGCAGAUGUAACAAGAUUUGCAAUACUUAGCAACAUCUUGGGUAAUCCUCGGCUAAUAGAAACGCCCCAGCAACCGUUCGGUGGUCUUCAACCUGGGUAGUUGGCCCCCUAGUACAUGUGUAUGGGCCAUGUGUAACACAACAUCCCUGUAUGAACGGGGCACCAUUACCAGUUCCUGUUCUACCGCUCUACAUUGGGCCACCCAGUAUAAGAUACUCCGCUUGAUGGCGUAAUAAGGAGUGGUUAACUCACCUUCCGAGCCGAUACUCCUCCCAUCUAUCUUCUUCACCUUCAGCAUAGCCUGGCGAUGGUCGGGGUCCUGGUGUUGGGCGGUUCCGAAUUGGUCCAUUAGCUCUUCCGACAGGGUGAAGUUGUGCGUGCUGGGGCGAGGGAGGGGGCACUCCUGGUCGGGGUCGGAUGACUCCGUGCCAAACCCCCUCCAGGUGCUCUCUCUCCAUGACUCCUGAAACACCUGGCGUAACUGCUCCCUCUGGAGCUCGUUGACUGGACUCAGGAUGGGGGUCUGGUUAGAUCUGGCUCCCGCCCGGUCGCUCUCUCCCCCCUGACCAGAUAAGGAAUCCCAGUUGCCCUGCCACGCCUCCUUGGCUUCAUCCCGUACCUUCCCAGCUCAAAUAAGCAAAGAGAAACAGCGGUCCAUCAUUACUUUAAGACAUGAAGGUCAGUCAAUACGGACAAUUUCAAGAACUUUUAAAGUUUCUUCGGGUGCAGUUGCAAAAACCAUCAAGCCCUAAGAUAAAAAUUGCUUUUCUUUCGAAAACAAGGACAUUUCUAAGUGACCCCAAACUUUUGAACGGUAGUGUAUAUAUUUUUAUCUUUAGGUGUGGAUUGUUCUCCAUCCACCCCUGAUUCAGAAUAUACCAUCUCCAUAGUCAUGGCAUGCUUGGUUAAAUAGCUAUUGACGAGAGAAAACCGAAUAUCCAAUAUAAAACACAUUUCACCAAGGUAUAGCUUAGAUGGCUGGCUACAAGUUGAGUAUUCAUUAUUCUACCUCUCUUUCAACUGUAAUAAGCUAUUCAACCACGUGAUGGCGGCAAAGGCACGUCUUUGAAUUGCACAGGCUCAGGGGUUUGGCACUUCGUUUCUGACAGAAGGGGUGGUGCGCGGUGGUGGAACAGGGGAUCUAACCGUUGCAUAAGUGGUCCGCGCGGCAGCACUACCAGUAGAUCAGCCCCCGGCUCCUGCUAUAUCUUCUUGAUAAAUAUAAUAAUUGGAAAUAAGCAUGUGAAUUGUUUCCAUGAAGCCUAACUCAAAGUCCUCUAGGCAUAUUUGCAAAUGAUUGGAUUAACAGUGAAUAGGACUAAUAACUUUAUAAAUAACUGUUUCUUUAUUUGGUGUUGUACGCCUACUUGAAGGCCUAUUACCUCCCACCACACAUUACAUUUACAUUUUAGUCAUUUACGCCGCCCAAAAUCUGUCUUUGUGAUAUAAGCACGUUUUUGUAUGGAGGUCUAUGAGAGUGUUGAAUUACGUGAGGCUUAUUUGAUCUAAUAGAAGUUUCGUAAUGUUUAGGCUGUUACAAAUGUACUGAUAUAAGUGGAUGCACGUGGUAUUCCGGCAACUUUGAGAAAAACAACUUAGUUGUGCAGACGUCUCAUUGGCUAGAAUGGUCCCACCUGAUCUCGCCUGCCUUCAAUCAUUGAGUACAUGUAUUUCCAUUGUUAGCCAAGUGACCACUCUAUCUUGUCAAUAUAAUAGAUAAUCUUUGCCUUUAAUCCAAAAAUGCUUCAUUUGAUUUGUUCCCAGGCAACGGUGCCCACCAUGACAGAUGUUGUGUGUACGACCAGAGCAACCUGGUGGACGGGGUGUACUGCCACCCUAUUAGCCACUGGAUCGAGGAGACGGGUCAUACGGACGAGAUGAAGCACACGACUGACUUCUACUUUGGCGUGGCCGGCCAGCAGGCCAUGCAUUUCAACAGGUAACAUAAUACCUGACCCCAUUUUCUUCCCACAGGUUGCAUCACUCCUUUGCAACACUCAUGAGUGUUUGAGGUUGUCUGUAGCCAUCCCACGUGUGGGAGAUAGUUGGCUAUUUGCAUUAUUCAAAUAAUCACUUUCCUCCUUCUUUUCUUUGAGGCAUCAGUGGAUAGCUGUGCCUCCCAGCAAACACCAGAGACAGACUUGUAUCCUAGUGAGUUUGACUACAGCACCCCUUCACCCAGUAAUGAAAUGAGAGGCUUGUCGUAAGUUAUUGUUUGCCUGCCUUUUGUGAUGUGAAAACUGGUGUGUACAUAAUUUGAUAAUGCUGUAAAAGUUAAUGAGUUCCCCUGAGGGGGUGUGUUUCCCUGGUAAGUGGGACAGCUUUUUUAAUGGCGCUAUUGAAGGACCUCUCUUCCACAUUUUGCCAAUUGAGUUGCCCCUUUCAAAGCAAAAGGGCUUCUUUCAUUAACAUGCAGGUUUCAUUUUGUCUUAGUAUUAUUUUGUCUUGGAAUAAUUUAUGACUAUUAACUUAAUGUUCCCAAAAAUGUGCUCCCCGUAACUUCAGCACAGUGCAGUAUCACUGAUGUACAGAUAACAGCCAAAAUAAAGGGAACACUUGAGUAAAUGAGGGAUACAAAGUAUAUUGAAAGCAGGUGCUUCCCUUCCACACAGGUGUGGUUCCUGAGUUAAUUAAGCAGUUAACAUCCCAUCAUGCUUAGGGUCAUGUAUAAAAAUGCCCAGUUGCCCAUUAUUCCGGGUAUCAUGGCUAGAAGAAGAGAUCUCAGUGACUUUGAGAGGAGUCUCAAAGGAUCAUAGGGGGUUUAAAGUGUGUGUGUGUGUGUGUGUGUGUGUGUGUGUGUGUGUGUGUGUCUCAGUCACCAGAUCUCAGCCCAAAUGAACACUUCUGGGAGAUUCUAUAGCGGUGCCUGAGACAGUGUUUUCCACCACCAUCAACAAAACACCAAAUUAUGGAAUUUAUCUUGGAAGAAUGGUGCUGCAUCCCUUCAAUAGAGUUCCAGACACUUGUUGAAUAUAUGCUAAGGCGCAAUGAAGCUGUUCUGGCAGCUCGUUGUGCCCCAACACCGUACUAAGACACUUUAUGUUGGUGUUUCCUUUAUUUAGGCGUUUCCUUUAUUUUGGCAGUUACCUGUAUUUGAUCCCGAGGUGAAUAGCUCCUCCUACCACAUCCUCAGGUCAUGAGUGUGAUGUUUCACCCUCUUCAAUCUCCAAGCAGCGACAGCCAGCCAUGAUUACUCUCCUCCUUCCUCUUUAAGCUUUGCUCUCUCACACACAAUUUUAAUUACUAUGGGAACUGGGUUUUGUGAGGCACUCAGCAAUUAAUUCAGUGGGACAACGCAUUCAAGGGCUCUUCAGAAGUUAAACCAUUAGUGGUUGUAUCGCAUCAACCCCACAACCUUCCCUUUUCACUUGUUGGAGAGAUGGAGGGGUGUUCAAUAUUUAGUUACAGUGGGGAGAACAAGUAUUUGAUACACUGCCGAUUUUGCAGGUUUUCCUACUUACAAAGCAUGUAGAGGUCUGUAAUUUUUAUCAUAGGUACACUUCAACUGUGAGAGACGGAAUCUAAAACAAAAAUCCAGAAAAUCACAUUGUAUGAUUUUUAAGUAAUUAAUUUGCAUUUUAUUGCAUGACAUAAGUAUUUGAUACAUCAGAAAAACAUAACUUAAUAUUUGGUACAGAAACCUUUGUUUGCAAUUACAGAGAUCAUACGUUUCCUGUAGGUCUUGACCAGGUUUGUACACACUGCAGCAGGGAUUUUGGCCCAAUCCUCCAUACAUACCUUCUCCAGAUCCUUCAGGUUUCGGGGCUGUCGCUGGGCAAUACGGACUUUCAGCUCCCUCCAAAGAUUUUCUAUUGGGUUCAGGUCUGGAGACUGGCUAGGCCACUCCAGGACCUUGAGAUGCUUCUUACGGAGCCACUCCUUAGUUGCCCUGGCUGUGUGUUUCGGGUCGUUGUCAUGCUGGAAGACCCAGCCACGACCCAUCUUCAAUUCUCUUACUGAGGGAAGGAGGUUGUUGGCCAAGAUCUCGCGAUACAUGGCCCCAUCCAUCCUCCCCUCAAUACGGUGCAGUCGUCCUGUCCCCUUUGCAGAAAAGCAUCCCCAAAGAAUGAUGUUUCCACCUCCAUGCUUCACGGUUGGGAUGGUGUUCUUGGGGUUGUACUCAUACUUCUUCUUCCUCCAAACACGGCGAGUGGAGUUUAGACCAAAAACGCAUCAGACCACAUGACCUUCUCCCAUUCCUCCUCUGGAUCAUCCAGAUGGUCAUUGGCAAACUUUAGACGGGCCUGGACAUGCGCUGGCUUGAGCAGGGGGACCUUGCGUGCGCUGCAGGAUUUUAAUCCAUGACGGCGUAGUGUGUUACUAAUGGUUUUCUUUGAGACUGUGGUCCCAGCUCUCUUCAGGUCAUUGAUCAGGUCCUGCCGUGUAGUUCUGGGCUGAUCCCUCACCUUCCUCAUGAUCAUUGAUGCCCCACGAGGUGAGAUCUUGCAUGGAGCCCCAGACCGAGGGUGAUUGACCAUCAUCUUGAACUUCUUCCAUUUUCUAAUAAUUGCGCCAACAGUUGUUGCCUUCUCACCAAGCUGCUUGCCUAUUGUCCUGUAGCCCAUACCAGCCUUGUGCAGGUCUACAAUUUUAUCCCUGAUGUCCUUACACAGCUCUCUGGUCUUGGCCAUUGUGGAGAGGUUGGAGUCUGUUUGAUUGAGUGUGUGGACAGGUGUCUUUUAUACAGGUAACGAGUUCAAACAGGUGCAGUUAAUACAGGUAAUGAGUGGAGAACAGGAGGGCUUCUUAAAGAAAAACUAACAGGUCUGUGAGAGCCGGAAUUCUUACUGGUUGGUAGGUGAUCAAAUACUUAUGUCAUGCAAUAAAAUGCAAAUUAAUUACUUAAAAAUCAUACAAUGUGAUUUUCUGGAUUUUUGUUUUAGAUUCCGUCUCUCACAGUUGAAGUGUACCUAUGAUAAAAAUUACAGACCUCUACAUGCUUUGUAAGUAGGAAAACCUGCAAAAUCAGCAGUGUAUCAAAUACUUGUUCUCUCCACUGUAUGUCCUCUGGGUACCUCAUAGAUGGCUCAUUUCGUUAGCGAUAGCUCACUAAAUCCAUUAGAGUAACGAAAUAUGAAAAGUGUUAAAGACCUUAAAUUGAUUUUUGUAAAGAGGAGGGCAAAGCCUAGAGGAGGUCACUGAUGAUAAUCCUUUGCAAUGUGACAGCCACACUGUCAUCAUCAUCAUUUUCUUUUCUUAUUUUUUCCCCCUCCUUCUCUUCACAAACUGUGAGAGAGAUGGCGAGUCAUUUCAUUUGGCUGUGUGUCAUAACGGUUCAGUGGCACUAAAUUAAGUAAUUUACUAACAGCAGAUUGAGAGGUUGUAUUCAAUGCAGUCAUUCAAUGUUCCGAUUGGAAAUAGAGUUGAGCAGUCAAUUUUGAUACUGGAUGUGUGAUUCUUUGACUUUGCUAAUUAUGGGUGAAAUAAAUGACAGAGACCCAUUACAGUAGCAAAUACACACACACUCACACACACAUUUGGCCUCUUUGCUCAGGUCACACACACAACCUGCACUGAGGUGAGCUGCAGGACACAGCAGAAAUUAGCCUGGUCUCCCUGAAGCUCUGGACACACACCUUGCAUGAAAAUGAGAGAGAGGGUGGCCACUGGCCAGGUCCAGCUGGUUUUAAUUUGUAAUUUGUGGCCCAAGACCUUACAAGCUUUUGUCAACGACCUCUGUGCUGCAGGAGGCAAAUACAGUGGGGGAAAAAAGUAUUUAGUCAGCCACCAAUUGUGCAAGUUCUCCCACUUAAAAAGUUGAGAGAGGCCUGUAAUUUUCAUCAUAGGUACACGUCAACUAUGACAGACAAAUUGAGAGAAAAAAAUCCAGAAAAUCACAUUGUAGGAUUUUUUAAUGAAUUUAUUUGCAAAUUAUGGUGGAAAAUAAGUAUUUGGUCACCUACAAACAAGCAAGAUUUCUGGCUCUCACAGACCUGUAACUUCUUCUUUAAGAGGCUCCUCUGUCCUACACUCGUUACCUGUAUUAAUGGCACCUGUUUGAACUUGUUAUCAGUAUAAAAUACACCUGUCCACAACCUCAAACAGUCACACUCCAAACUCCACUAUGGCCAAGACCAAAGAGCUGUCAAAGGACACCAGAAACACAAUUGUAGACCUGCACCAGGCUGGGAAGACUGAAUCUGCAAUAGGUAAGCAGCUUGGUUUGAAGAAAUCAACUGUGGGAGCAAUUAUUAGGAAAUGGAAGACAUACAAGACCACUGAUAAUCUCCCUCGAUCUGGGGCUCCACGCAAGAUCUCACCCCGUGGGGUCAAAAUGAUCACAAGAACGGUGAGCAAAAAUCCCAGAACCACACGGGGGGACCUAGUGAAUGACCUGUAGAGAGCUGGGACCAAAGUAACAAAGCCUACCAUCAGUAACACACUACGCCGCCAGGGACUCAAAUCCUGCAGUGCCAGACGUGUCCCCCUGCUUAAGCCAGUACAUGUCCAGGCCCGUCUGAAGUUUGCUAGAGUGCAUUUGGAUGAUCCAGAAGAGGAUUGGGAGAAUGUCAGAUGAAACCAAAAUAUAACUUUUUGGUAAAAACUCAACUCGUCGUGUUUGGAGGACAAAGAAUGCUGAGUUGCAUCCAAAGAACACCAUACCUACUGUGAAGCAUAGGGGUGGAAACAUCAUGCUUUGUGGCUGUUUUUCUGCAAAGGGACCAGGACGACUGAUCCGUGUAAAGGAAAGAAUGAAUGGGGCCAUGUAUCGUGAGAUUUUGAGUGAAAACCUCCUUCCAUCAGCAAGGGCAUUGAAGAUGAAACGUGGCUGGGUCUUUCAGCAUGACAAUGAUCCCAAACACACCGCCCGGGCAACGAAGGAGUGGCUUCGUAAGAAGCAUUUCAAGGUCUUGGAGUGGCCUAGCCAGUCUCCAGAUCUCAACCCCAUAGAAAAUCUUUGGAGGGAGUUGAAAGUCCGUGUUGCCCAGCGACAGCCCUAAAACAUCACUGCUCUAGAGGAGAUCUGCAUGGAGGAAUGGGCCAAAAUACCAGCAACAGUGUGUGAAAACCUUGUGAAGACUUACAGAAAACGUUUGACCUGUGUCAUUGCCAACAAAGGGUAUAUAACAAAGUAUUGAGAAACUUUUGUUAUUGACCAAAUACUUAUUUUCCACCAUAAUUUGCAAAUAAAUUCAUAAAAAAUCCUACAAUGUGAUUUUCUGGAUUUUUUUUCUCAUUUUGUCUGUCAUAGUUGACGUGUACCUAUGAUGAAAAUUACAGGCCUCUCUCAUCUUUUUAAGUGGGAGAACUUGCACAAUUGGUGGCUGACUAAAUACUUUUUUUCCCCACUGUAAGCUUUUAAAAUGAGAAUUCUAGGCUGGUAUCAGUGUAGCCACUGGUAUCAUAAACACCUCAUUCUCUAAUACAUGAAUCAUUGUUUAUCUGAAAGAGAGGUUCAUGCACUUUACAGGACCAUUGUCCGCUAUGCAUCGGUCAGAGGUGACUCCCAAGGACUUUACAUGUUUGUACAGUUGGGCUAUUUCAAUGAUUUAGAGAUGUUUGUUUCUAUUGUAAGCUCCUGUUUACUGCCAUGCCAGGGCUUUGAUUGGCCAAGUUUACCCAGUGGGAAAGGAGAUGAUCUCACACCAACCCACACCUUCAUUAGUACCAAAUGGGCCAGUUAAGCCUUUACACCAUGUUUUAAAGCUGACAGUGAGGAAAACACGAAAACCUACUGUAGAUGCUACUAAAUACAAAAACUACACACUUGGGAUUUUCGAGAAGUUUACAUGAGCUACUAACUCACUGUACCAUUGUGUUGAAUCAAUAUGCCCAUUUCUAUGAGAGUUUGAAUCACUCAAUUCCACUGGGUUUUAGCAGGGCUCCAGAGAGUUUCCGGGUGUAAAGAGAGUCUUUCUUAGAAAAACAACCAGCUGUAAAUCUAAUGUGGAGGCAAAAGUUCCUGAAUAAUCUCCAUUGAGCUCUUAAGCAAAUCAGCAGCAUCUGUCUUUGAGUGGCACUGCCCUGGUUUUCCAUUAAUACCCAGAGGUCUGUGGGCACCAGCCACCAGCUGCUGGCCCAACUAGAUGGAUCCCUGUGAUGUCACCAGAGACGAAAGAGGAAGCGAGACACCCCAUUCUGUGUUUUUUUUCUGGUUCAAUAAAAGUAAAUGAACUAAGUAGACCAGACCCAGUUGCUAUUGCAUUGGUGUCUAUGGGAGGCACACCCAGUUAAGUAGACCAGAAUUGACUUUUCUUUCAUUCAAUGGUUAACAGCCUGAGUGAACUAUCUUAAUUUAUCCACCAUCUUUGGUGUCACUCGAGGACAUCACUCUGUGACGCUGUCCAUCCUUUUACGUGUCACCUCCUCCCACUGACUGUUGAUUUUACGCAUGCUAAUGAGCUCUAAAUGGAGUCUGGCUCAGAGUGACGGGGCAGAAAAUUACAGGAGGAGGUCAGGGAACAAUCACCGCCGGGGAAAAUGACAGGAGGAGGUCAGGGAACAAUCACCGCCGGGGAAAAUGACAGGAGGAGAGGGAGAGAGCGAUGAGAUGAAGGACAGAGAUCGCUUUUCUGAGAGAAAACAGCUUUAGAUCACUUGCCUGUGGUCUGUCUGGGAGACAGUUUGUAUAAAAAUACCACCGCUCUCCCCAGGAAUCAGACUAGUGCCUUUAGCUCUCUCUCACCCCCUGGGCAUCUCUUCCCUUCCACAUUCCACCCCCUCAACCCUCUGUGCUUCUCUUACCUCCCCAUACUACACCCCCUGCCCCUCACUUUCUACCCCAUCAACCCCACUCCCUCAAUCCCAUCAACCCCACUCCCUCAACCCCACUCCAUCAACCCCUGUGCCCCCUAUCUGCUACCAGGGUCCUUCACCGGGUAUGGCUGAGCAUCAAGCCCACUCUGUCACCCCCCUAUGUCCUCUUUGUCUCCUUCACCCCACUGUGCCCUCUGCUCUGUUUCCAGAGUCCUGCCCCGGGUGUUUCUGGGUAGCUGCCCUCGCCAGGUGGAACAUGUGACCCUCAAGCUGAAGGAAGAGCUGGGUGUUACCGCGGUGAUGAACUUUCAGACGGAGGGGGAUGUGGUCAACAACUCGUCCGGCUGCCGCCGCGACCCCGGGCAGGAAAUGACCCCAGAGACCAUGAUGCACCUGUACAGGGACUGUGGCCUGGCGUACGUGUGGAUCCCAACACCAGACAUGAGCACUGAAGGUGAGGAAGGAGAGGGGGGUCUGGGGUAUGUUCAGGACUGCAACUGUGUCUCUCCAGGACCAGGAGUGAAGUAGACAGUCAUGAAACACUUAUCUAUGGAUCCUUGUAUGGAUCUGGGAAAGAUCCAGCAGUAGUAAAGAUUAGUCAGAAAGCCCUCCUCUGACAUGUCCUUGUAUGUCGCCCCCUGCAGGCCGGACUAGGAUGCUUCCCCAGGCUGUCUUCCUGCUGCACGGUCUCCUGGAGAACGGUCACACGGUCUACGUUCACUGUAACGCUGGCGUUGGGCGCUCCACCGCGGCCGUGUGCGGUCUUCUCAUGUACGUCCUGGGCUGGAGCAAGAGGAAGGUGCAGUACUUUGUCACAGCCAGGAGGGCGGCAGUCUACAUCGACGAGGAGGCACUGGUAAACGCCCAGGGGGACUUCAUGCAGAAGUUUGGACGCCUGCGCACCUCUGUUUGCUACCCGCAGACAUGAGGGUGGAGCCCCCUGUGGUGUGGAGUGUUGCUGCCUAGCUGUGCAUGGGUGUCUGCCAGUGUGCCAUAGAGACAGUGGAGAAAAGACAACAUUUUAGUUGAAGUAUUGCAUUAAUCAUCUGUACACCCGACAUGAUUUGUGCGGAAGAUGCCAGAAGGUGAAAUAACUUAAGUGAAAAUCAACCUCUGCACUGAUUUGAUCCAAUGCAAAUUACCAAUUUAGAUGAGUGGCUGUCAUAAACUGGUCAAUGAUGAGGUACCCGGAGGGAAUUCUACUAGCUGCUGCCAACAGAUUCAAAAAGCUAUUAAUACUUCUCAUUGUGAUGUGUUCAUUUUUUAGCUUUGGGGUUGUUUUUCAGUUAUUUAUUGAAGGUAUUAUUUAUAAUUGCAUUGUGAAAAAGCAGUUGAGUCCAGAACAUUGUCUGUAGAUAUCUGUUGUUGUCUGCUGGGGUUUUAGAAGGACCUUUUGUUCAAACCUUGUUUUUAUUAAUCAAUGAACAGAGCUGACAUUUCAAAAAGGCACCUUGAAGCUGUUGUUGUGGUGAAUACUUAUGACUGACUGAGACUUGUAGCUCCUGCAGGAUCCAGCCUGAGUUGCGAAUCCAGACAACAGUAAAUAUAAACUGGGUCAGGCACAAAGUCGGUGGCAAGGUGAGAAUUUCACUGUCAUGUUGGUGAGUUUAGGAAAUAAACUGUUACUCUUUGCUCUCAGCCUAUCUUCUCUCCACAUUAUACUCCUCAGUAAGAAGGGAUUACGGCUGUGUCACCUCCGCUACCUUCUGAGAGAAAUGGUGCCUUUUCAUAGUCAAUGGUGGCUCCCUGCAAAUACAAAUGAUGGUUGCUUUUGUUAUGUAGAAUCCUUAAUGCUGCUGCGAAUAGGAAAAUGUCAUUUCCUGCUAAAUAAA